CGCACGCUGCUCUACGGCGGCGUCUUCUACUACCCGGCGGACAAGAAGAGCGCCAAGGGCAAGCUCCGCGUGCUCUACGAGGGCUACCCCAUGGCGCUCCUCACGGAGCAGGCCGGCGGCGUCGCGUCGACGGGCCGCUUCCGCGGCAAGGCCGGCCGCAUCAUGGACGUCGUCCCGGAGAACAUCCACGACCGCUGCCCCAUCAUCAUGGGCUGCCCCCGCGACGUCGCCAUGAUCCUCAGCAAGUACAACUAG